CCCGAGCCUUCCUCCUCUCUUGCCCCCUGCUCACGCGCUCUGUUCUCUCUCGCGGACAAGCGACGCCGAAGGGAUUAGGGCUUCCAGCUCCGGCGAUCUUCCUCUACCGGAAUCGGCGCCCAUUGAGCUCAGAUCCGGGCGGCACUAUUCCUCUCCGGACCACAGACACGGCGUCGCGUCUCCUCUAGCCGACUGCCGACCUUUCUUCCCCGAUCCGACGCCACUGGGUCGAGCCUUUGUCAUCCGAUCGCCGGCGUGAAGAGACAAUUAGGGCUCUGAGGGUCAGGUCUUGGAUCCCUUCUUUGUUGUUGUUGAUUGAGGGUCAGGGGAAUCCCUGGUAUGCUGGUUCACGGAGCGGAGUGGGUGAUCCUUCUGGAAAUGAUCAGUUGAGGAGGGAGAGAUCGGAUCCAAUUACUUGCUGUAACCCACAGAUCAGUUCUUGGAUGUUUCUUUCUUUGCUGUGAUUGAGGUUUCGGUUGAAGUGGGGAGGAAUUUCAGCAGAGUUGCUGUGGUUUCUUUGAUCCAGCAAGGAAAUUCCUCUCACUGUGCUGUUGGCAGAGACUUUAGAUCAGUGAGGACUCUGAUUCGAGACAAGCGUCUCGACGUCGACUUUGGAUUUCGUGAUUUGUACCUUCUAUUUGAGCCCGAUCUAAUCCCAUUCGACAUGGAACCGCCGCCGACCAUGGCCUUUCGAUGUCUUCUUCGGCUGAAGAAUUUCUAUAAGAUAUGGAAAGGACUUACUUUUGUGGGAAGCCAAGUAUUCAUUCAGCAUUCUUCACCUAUGGUUUGAAAGAUUUUAAACCUAAACUUCCAUUCAAGCUGUUGCCACUUCCAAUAGCUACAUCAAGAGAGGCACACGGAAUAUUGACAUCCCUUAAUCCCUGUCCAAAAGUUCAUGAUGGAGAAACAUUGCAACUUUUGCUUGAUGUAGCACCAUCCGAAAUUAGUCCUCAAUUCUUUAGUUUAGGUUUAUCAACUGAGCAUUGUGAAAACAAGAAACCCGCCAGCCUUGGAUUUCAGACUUCUGUAUCCAGUGUGAAGUAUGAGAAAGGUUCCACUAAUUGUGAAAGUGCUCAAGGUGUCUCCCAUAAAGAAAUCCAGAGAAGACUGAAGAUUGGCGCAGCAAACAGAGGCAGGAUACCUUGGAACAAAGGAAAGAAACACAGUGAAGAGACUCGUGAACGCAUUAAGAAAAAAACACUGGAGGCCUUAAGCAACCCCAAGGUCCGGAAGAAGAUGUCUCAAUUCCAUCAUAGGCACAGUGACCAGAGCAAAUCUAGGAUUAGUUCUUCCCUAAAAAAGAUAUGGGAAGAGCGUCGAAAAAUUAAACGACUACAAGCCCAAUGCUACACAAUGUGGGCAAGAACUAUUGCUGAAGCAGCAAAAAUAGGAACUGAUGACCAAGAGGAAUUAGAAUGGGAUGACUUUGAGAAAAUGAAAGCAGAUUUCAUGACCCAACAAGUAAAACUCAAAGAAGAGAAAGAAAGGGCAAAAGUACGUGUGAAGCUAAGAGCUGAAAUGGUUGCGAGGGAGAGGGCUGAAAAAAUUGCAAAGCUCGCUGAACAAAGGAAACUACGGAAACAAAUGAUGGAAGAUAAACAGGUGGAGUCAUUUUCAAGAGAGAAAUCUGACAGAGAAAAGAAGAUACCAUUAUCCAAAAGUUUAAAACUCAAGGCAAGAUUAACUAAGUUUCGUGAACGCAAGAAGCAACUAAGCAAUUCCUGGAAAUUUGAAGCUGACAUGAUUGAAGAACCGAGGCCAGAGUUUAAGAAAUGGGACAUGGAAGUGAUUAAAAAUGAAAGUUUGAAACAAAUCUCACUUGCUGAUCAAAUCGAAGCCGUGAAGAACAGAACAGAGUUGUCAGGAAUAGAAAUUGUAGCAAAUGCAUCCAUAGAUUAGGAGAUGAUUGGUUCCAUGAUAUGAGAUUUACUUGCCUUGCGAGGACAUUAUGCCACAGUAGGUUCUUCAAAUUUUUUGUUCAAAUACUAAUCUUAUUAAUACUUUUUUGGGAAAUUA